UUCCCUUAUUUUGCAAUAUGUUAGAUCUCUUAUUGUUCUCUUUCUCAGUUUAUUAAUUCAGUGCUGGAGUUUUUCUAAAGUAAUUCCAAUUUUUUUUAUAACACACGGGACUGAUAACUGCAGUUGCUGAACUUAAGGAUGGAUUCUUCGGCAUCGCUGUUAAACAAACUCAAGGCUGCUGAGCCAUUUUUCUUGUUUGCGGGUCCCAAUGUGAUUGAAUCUGAAGACCACAUUCUAAGGAUGGCUGGCCACAUCAAGACUAUCACUACCAAACUUGGGUUGCCUUUGGUUUUCAAAUCAAGCUUUGAUAAAGCUAACCGAACAUCCUCCAAAUCAUUUCGGGGUCCCGGAAUGGCUGAAGGCUUGAAGAUCCUUGAGAAAGUUAAAGUAGCAUACGACAUUCCAAUUGUAACUGAUGUCCAUGAAACUAUUCAGUGUGAAGAAGUUGGAAAAGUUGCUGAUGUGAUUCAGAUUCCUGCAUUUCUAUGUCGUCAGACGGAUCUUCUAGUAGCAACAGCCAAGACUGGAAGAAUUAUCAAUAUAAAAAAAGGCCAGUUCUGUGCUCCUACUGUUAUGGUAAAUUCUGCUGAGAAGAUUAGAUUGGCCGGGAAUCCGAAUGUGAUGGUUUGUGAAAGAGGCACCAUGUUUGGCUAUAAUGAUUUGAUUGUUGAUCCACGUAAUUUGGAGUGGAUGAGGGAAGCAAAUUGUCCUGUUGUUGCAGAUAUCACACAUUCAUUGCAGCAGCCAGCUGGAAGAAAGUUGGAUGGAGGAGGUGUAGCCAGUGGAGGCCUCCGUGAACUCGUACCAUGCAUUGCAAGGACCGCAGUUGCUGUUGGAGUGGAUGGAAUUUUCAUGGAGGUACAUGAUAAUCCUUUGAAUGCACCGGUUGAUGGUCCAACUCAAUGGCCACUGCGCCAUUUGGAGGAACUGCUGGAAGAGCUAAUUGCAAUAGCUAGGGUUAGCAAAGGGAAGCAACGCUUCGACAUUGAUCUCACACCAUAUUCGGAUUAGCAAGUUUUCAAGAGUUGUCCAAGUGGGUAAGCAGGUGAUUGAUUUCAGUCCAAGUAUGUUUAGCUAGAAACAGGAUGGACACUGAGAAUGCGCCAUUGUUAUCUGGGAAAUUAGCCCCAAUUGCAUGGAGCAUUCAAUGCUCAGACUUUCAUACUCUAUUUGUCUGCGGAGGAGCUUGUGAGUUGUUACCGCAAGUUUUCUUCUGUUGUGUGUAUUGACUUAAAUACCCCCUAGUAUUA